AUGUGCCAGAAGUCAGAAGUCAUUAGAGAUCAGAUCCUUAAAAGUGCAGAGAAUCCAUAUGAAUGCAAUGAGCGUGAAAAAGCCUUUAACCAACAAUUAUCUCUCACUAGGCAUCAGAGCAUCGACACAAGUAAAAAACCUUAUGAAUGUAGUGAGUGUGGAAAAGCAUUUUCUCAUAACUCAAACCUAAUGAUGCAUCAGAGAAUCCACACAAGGAAAAAGCCUUUUGAAUGUAGUGAAUGUGGAAAAGCUUUCACUCGUAAGCCACACCUUAGUGCACAUCAGAGAAUCCACACAGGCGAAAAACCUUAUAAAUGUAGUGCAUGUGAUAAAGUUUUUACCAACCAGUCAGGUUUUCUUCAACAUCAGAGAAUCCACACCAGGACAAAACCUUAUGAAUGUAGGGAAUGUGGAAAAGCUUUUCAUCAGAAAUCAAACCUAAACAGGCAUCAAAGGCUCCACACAGAGGAAAAACCUUAUACAUGUAGUAAGUGUGGAAAAGCUUUUUCUUGUAAGUCAAACUUUACAGCACAUCAGAGAAUCCACACUAAGGAAAAACCUUAUGAAUGUAAUGAGUGUGGAAAAGGCUUUUCUUAUAAAGCACACCUCAUUCGACAUCACAGAAUCCACACAGGGGAAAAAACACAUGCAUGUAGUGAGUGUGGAAAGGCUUUUACCAGCCAGUCAGGUUUCCUUCGACAUCAGAUAAUCCACACUGGGGAAAAACCUUAUCAAUGUAGUGAGUGUGGAAAAGCUUUUUCCCAUAACUCAAACUUAAUCAUGCAUCAGAAAAUUCACACCGGGGCAAAACCUUAUGAAUGUAGGGAGUGUGGAAAAGCUUUUCUUCGAAAGUCAAGCCUAAUCAUACAUCAGAGAAUCCACACUGGAGAAAAACCUUAUACAUGUAGUGAAUGUGGAAAGGCUUUUACUCAGAAAUCACACCUAAAAAUACAUCAGAGGGUCCACACAGGGGAGAAACCUUAUGAAUGUAGUGUGUGUCUAAAAGCCUUUGCUCAUCAGAACAUUUUCAUUCAACAUCACAGAAUCCACACAGGGGAAAAACCUAAUACGUGUAGUGUGUGUGGAAAAGCUUUUUCUUGCAAUUCAAACCUUAAAGCCCAUCAGAGAAUCCACACAGGGGAGAAACCUUAUAAAUGUAGUGAGUGUGGAAAAGCUUUUUCUAAACGGUCAAGCCUAAUCACACAUCAGAGAAUCCACACAGGGGAUAAACUGUAUUAA